AUGUCUGACUGGGAGGAUGAGUACGACGGCGGUGUUGCUAUCCCGAAGAAGACUGCCACUAACACGGCACCGACUGAGUGGAAAUCACCGUGUGACGAACGUCGACCGGAAAGUGUAUCAUUCGGUGUAAGAAACGGAGCCCGGUUUGGAGGCUCCAGGGAGUGGAGAGCUGACCGGAGCAGCAGCGACGGCGGUGGCUGGGGAACCGACUACAACAACCCAAGAGGUGGAGGUGGAGGUGGAGGUGGAAGCCGCCAAUGGAACUUUGGCGAUGAGAAAUCAGAGGCUUCCCCACAUGUGACUAUUAAAGUGGAAAAUGGUUCGGUUGGAAGGAUAAUAGGUCGAGGUGGAGCCAAAAUCCGAGAACUUGAAGAGAGCACUGGAGCAAGAAUCAAGAUAAACAAGGGGGACUAUGAAGGUGAGGUGGUCAUCUUGGGGACCCCUGAAGCCCAGCAGAAGGCUAAGGAGAUGAUUGAAGAAUUGGUAGCAGACGGCAACUCCCGAUUCCGCAACGGUCCUGGUAGAGGUGGAGACUAUGGAGGUGGAGGCGAUGGAGGAGUAAAGUGUAGCUCUGUCUGGUCUAAUGCAGAAUUACAGGCUGCAGACACCGCCCCGGCCCCCUCAUCCAUAGACUGGAACACCAUCCGGGAGAACCGCGGAAAGUAUGAAGAGCUCAAGUGGAAGGAUCUCCCACCCAUGAAGAAGAAAUUUUACACUGAGUCAGAGAGUGUAUCCCAGCUCACAGCAGAAGAAGUCAGUGAAUGGAGGAAGGAGAAUAACAAUAUUAUUGUGGAUGACCUGAAGGAGGAAGGGGAGAAGCGGCCCAUUCCCUAUCCCUGCCGCACCUUUUUGGAGGCCUUUGAGCUUUAUCCAGAGAUCAUGGAGAACAUUGACCGGGUUGGCUUCGUCAAACCAACCCCCAUCCAGUCUCAGGGAUGGCCUGUGCUGCUGAUCGGGGAGGAUCUGAUAGCCAUUGCUCAGACAGGAACAGGAAAAACCUUGGCCUACCUGCUGCCUGGGUUCAUCCACAUGGAUGGACAGCCUGUACCUAGAGCUCAGCAGGGUGGCCCAGGCAUGUUGGUACUGACUCCAACCAGAGAGCUGGCCCUGCAAAUUGAAACUGAAUGCAAAAAGUACCGCUAUAAGGGAUACAAAAGUAUCUGUAUCUAUGGUGGAGGGGACAGGAGAGCCCAGAUCAAACUGGUAAAGAGCGGGGUGGACAUAGUGAUCGCCACGCCAGGCCGACUAAAUGAUCUACAGAUGAAUGAGCUAAUCAGUCUUCACUCCAUCACUUACUUGGUGCUGGAUGAGGCAGACCGAAUGCUGGAUAUGGGCUUUGAACCCCAAAUAAUGAAGAUUCUCCUGGACAUCCGCCCAGACCGACAGACUGUCAUGACCAGUGCCACCUGGCCCACUGGUGUGAGACGAUUGGCCAAAUCCUACCUAAAGAAUCCCAUGAUGGUUUAUGUGGGCACCCUGGACUUGGCAGCAGUUAACACGGUGGAGCAGACAGUGUUGAUUGUACAUGAAGAGGAGAAAAAGUCCUAUGUGUUUGACUUCGUCAGAAACAUGCUGCCACACGAAAAAGUUCUCAUCUUUGUUGGCAAGAAGCUCAUGGCUGAUGACCUCUCCAGUGACAUGUGUCUACAGGGUCUGGCUGUACAGAGUCUACAUGGAGACCGUGAGCAGUGUGACCGUGAAGAAGCUCUCAAGGACUUUAAAGAGAGUCGAGUUCGUAUCCUGAUUGCUACAGACUUGGCAUCUCGAGGGUUGGAUGUCCAUGACAUCACACAUGUCUUCAACUUUGAUUUCCCACGAAACAUAGAGGAGUAUGUUCAUCGUGUGGGCCGCACUGGCAGAGCAGGACGUUCAGGUGCUGCUGUUACCCUGGUAACGAGAGAAAACUGGAGGAUGGCACCUGAGCUGAUUCCCAUCCUGGAACGAGCAGGACAGGAGGUUCCUGAUGAGCUGGUGCUUAUGGCAGAAAGAUACGAGAAGCACAAGAGGGAGAAGGACAUGUGCAAUCCAAGGGGAGGGCAGGGGCAAGGUGGAGGGGGGCGGAGGGAUGGAGGCAGGGAUCGAAGCCAAAAUUGGGGAUUCUAA